AUGGAGGAGGAAAACCCUGUGCUUGAGCAGCAGCUGACCGAGAGCAUUCGGGAAAGCCUGGCCAUGGGGCACCCUGACAACGCCGCCUUCCUGGCCGAGCGGCUGCUGGCCCAGCGCGAGUCCGAGGAGCACCGCGGCUUGCUGGCCGACUGCUACCUGGCCGAGAACAAGCACUUCAAAGUGCUCGGGCUGCUUAAGGAGACCCAGCUUGACAGCAAUCGCUACAAACUGGCCAUGGCCGCCUUCCGUUGCAACCGCUUCAAGGACGCUGAACGAGCCCUCCUUGCCGGUGACUCGCUCAACCUGCCCACCCGCUUGGAUCAGGUUCCCUGUGGCGCUUAUGGGCUGCUGCUGCUUGGCGAGGUGCUAGAAAAACAGCAGCGCUAUCAGGAGGCCCGAGAAGCCCUGCUUAAGGCGCUCGAUGCCAACCCGUCCCUCUGGGUGGCCUACCAGCGACUCGGAAAAUUCGUGGAAGGCAAGGUAGGCGACAUCAUGCAACCCAGCAGCAUCUUCAACGAGCACAAGGUGGACCGGCAGCCAGACCGCAAGCGCCGGAAGAGCGGGCCCGGCAAGGAACUGAUCGGGUUCCUGCACCGACUGGCAGUGCCUUUCCAAAAGAUGUGCGCGUUCGAGUGCCAGGAGGCGAUCGAAGAGUUCGAGCGACUGCCACCCCUGCAGCAGAACACAGGCUGGGUGCAGACAUGCAUAGGGCGGUGCUACAUGGAAUCCGUCAAAUACGCCCAGGCCGAGAAGCACUAUCUGGAGGCGCAGCGCCUCGAGCCCUACCGGCUGGAAGGGCUGGAAUACUACAGCAGCUGCCUUUGGCAGCUGAAGAAAGGCAACGAACUGUGCCACCUGGCCCACAAUGUCCUCUAGAAGAGCCUGUACAGUCCGGAGACCUGGAUCGUGGUGGGCAACUGCUUCUCGAUGCAGAAGGAGCACGACUGCGCGAUCCGCUUCUUCUCGCGGGCCAUCCAGCUGCAGCCCCAGAACCCCUACGGUCAUUCCCUGUGCGGGCUGGAGUACGUUAGCAACGAGGAUUUCAACAAGGCCCGGAAAUGCUUCGAGACUGCGCUGAACCUGGACGUGCGGCACUACAAUGCGUGGUGGGGGCUGGGCUCGAUCUUCUUCAAGCAGGAGAAGUAUAAUGAGGCUUCCGAUCAUUUUGCGCGGGCGAUCUCGAUUAACCCGCGCAACCCGAUCCUCUACUCGUUCAUGGGCAUGACCCUCACCAGCAAGCGCGAGUUCGGGGAGGCUCUCAAGUACUUCGAGAAGAGCGAGGCCCUGGACCCCCGCAACGGGUUGAACCGCUACCAAAAGGCGAACGCGCUGGUCAAGAUGCGGCGUUACGACCUGGCGCUGCUCGAGCUAGAAAAGCUCAGCGUGAUGAUGCCGAAAGAGGCUCCGAUCCCGACCCUGAUCGGCAAGAUCUACAAGCGGACGGGGCAGAUCGACAAGGCGCACCAGUACUUCACGAUCGCUCUGGACCUGUAGUCCAAGGACAGCCAGAAGAUCAAGGGGCUCAUCGAGUCCCUGCAUCAAGACGGGUUCGAGCCGGACGAGGAAUGA